UCACCUUGAAGCCGCCUUUACAUCCCAUCAUUCCAUCUCCACCGUUCAUUCGUCAGAUCCGCUGAUUCCGUCGAACGCCUGUUCUUGCUGGCAAAUGCCUACCUGUAGACUAUUCUGUAGGACGCCGUGACCGUUGUAGUGGUGGCUGUUGCAUGGGAUUCAGCCACGCGCUACUCCGUCCCGUGAAUGGCUGUGACCUGUCGCAGCAGCCAGAUUCAGUCUCCCGUGUUUCUGUCCUAUCGUCGAACAAUCUUUGUCCUUCCUCUGACGUCGUUGACCCUCGAGUAGGCAAGACCUAAUACGCCAGGGUUCGCCGUCUUCAUUCGCCGAUGCUGUCGCGAGUGCUUGUCGCUAGUGCUCGUCGCUUGAAUUCCCGAAUCCGCCAUUACUCUCUGUAGUUACUUAGUACGAGAAUGGAGGCGCUUAACAGGCCCGUCGUUCAAGCAUCGGGUGUGCCGAUCUCGUGGACGCUUUAUUUCCCCAGCGAGGAGUUUUCUCCCGAGGACAGGCGCGCCGAGCUCAUCAAAUCCCUCAUCGACGGAUUCCUCACGGAGAAAGGCCAGCAGCUGCUGCAGCAGGCCGACCCCAAGGAACUGUCUCUUUUGUCGCGAUGGACUGUCAGCAUGGAGUCGCUGAAGCAGCACCUGCAGGCUUCGUGCACCACGCAGGAAGCAGCAAGUGGCAGCAGCGAUCUGGGCGGGGCUGCGGAGCUGCUGCUUCAAGCGCUCGAGGCAGCGCCAGAGGAAGCACUGGCCUGCCUGGGUGCUGCUGCCACUGAGAUGUUCCUGGAGAGAGGCCUGCUGGAGGCUCCGCCUCUACCCUCCUCCUCAGCCUCGUCUGCCUCACAGCACGUCUUGGGUCGCCUGGUUGUGCGGCUGGUGGACCACAGCGACUCAGUGAUCGAGUUCAAGAAGCUUAAAGCUAGCAGCCUCGAUCGGCUCGUGACGGUGUGUGGGACAGUGGUGCGGGUGGGGCCGCUGCGCCCUCUAGUGGUGGCGCUGGACUUCACGUGCACCCGCUGUGGCGCCGUCUCGUCCCUCUCCUUCCCUGACGGCCGUUUCACCCAGCCUGCGGCCUGUGGCCACGACAACUGCCGAAACCGCACUUUCUUGCAGAACCGGGCAGGUGCCCGGAAAAUAAACUUCCAGACGAUCCGUCUCCAGGAGCUGACCGGCGGGACAGGGGGUGAGGACAUGGGGCGUAUGCCACGGGUGGUGGACUGCGAGUUGAGGGAGGACCUGGCGGAUGCGUGCCUGCCGGGGGAUAUGGUGGCGGUGUGCGGCAUUGUCAAGAUCAUCAACAACGAGACAGACGUGGGGGGAGGUCGGUCCAAGAAGCGAGAGCAGUGUCUGUUCCAGCUCUACAUAGACGCCAUCUCCGUUGUCAACGCCAAAUCCCAGUCCACCACACCAAGCCCCACCCUGACAGCCGCAGCAGGAGAAGGAGCAGCAGCCACCCCUGCCAUGCCUGCUCACCAGCCUCCGGCCUGUGCUGGUGGUGCGAGUGGGGGGGCAGUGGAGAUGGGGGAGGAGGACAUGCGGCGCAUGCUGGAGUAUGUGGUGGAGCGCGAGGAAGAGGGUGACCUGUUUCAGCACAUCGUGCACUCGUUUUGCCCGUCCAUCUACGGCCAUGUGCUCGUCAAAGCGGGCAUCAUUCUGUCCCUCUUUGGCGGGGUGCGCAAGCACGAGGGGGACGCCAACCGCGUGCCAGUCAGGGGAGACGUGCACGCGUUGCUUGUGGGCGACCCUGGCAUGGGCAAGAGCCAGCUGCUGAAGGCGGCUGCAGCAGUGGCACCCCGGGGGGUGUACGUGUGUGGCUCUGGCGCCUCCUCGGUGGGACUCACUGUGGCAGUUGUGAAGGAUGGGCCCGGUGGGGAGUACGCGUUUGAAGCAGGGGCGAUGGUGAUGGCGGACCAAGGCACGUGCUGCAUUGACGAAUUCGAUAAGAUGGGCAACGAACAACAGGCCCUACUGGAGGCCAUGGAGCAGCAGAGCGUGAGUGUGGCCAAGGCGGGUCUCCUCGCCAAUUUCAGUGCAAGAACGGCGGUGCUGGCUGCUGCCAACCCCGUUGGGGGACACUACAAUCGAGCACGCACACUGAACGAGAAUCUGAAGCUGUCUGCCGCCCUGCUGUCGAGAUUUGAUCUCAUCUUCAUCCUCCUCGACCGGCCAGACCACCACACGGACCAACGGCUGUCAGAGCAUGUGCUGCAGAUGCAUGCCGGCAUGCCUUCUCGCUCCAAGGCAUCCAAGCGCAGCUACCAUAUCUUCCUGACCGCCCCUUCAGCCACGGACAACGACGCGCCUCAACUCGACCUCCCUCUCUCACACCGCCUGCGCCUGCGCUCCUCUGCUGCCCGCGACUUCUCCCCCCUCCCCCCUGCUCGCCUGCGCCAGUACAUUGCCUAUGCUCGCACACACGUGCACCCACGGCUGUCAGAAGAGGCACGUGCGGUGAUCAAGGCGUUCUACCUCCGCCUGAGGGAGCACAGCAGAGCCAUGGACGGCCCGCCAAUCACAGCGCGCCAGCUGGAGAGCCUCGUGCGGCUCGCCGAGGCUCGAGCCCGGGUGGAGCUGCGGGAGGAAGUUACCGAGGCAGAUGCCCAGGAGGCAGUGGAGCUGAUGGGCGAGUGUCUUCUGGACAAGCUCACAGACGAGGCGGGCAACAUAGACGCAGGGCGGGGCGGCAGCUCGAGCAAGUCCAAGGAAUCAAAACGGUUCCUCGCCGCCCUGCAGCGCACGGCCAAGCAGGCCAUCAAGACGUGCUUCUCCAGAAAGGAGCUGGCCCAGCUGGCGGACGACAUGUGUCUGCGGGUGCCGGACCUCGAUGGGCUCAUCGACAGCCUCAAUGAGGCGGGCUUCCUCCUCAAGAAGGGCGGAGGGCUCUUCCAGGUGCAGACAUGAUGGGUGCUGUCUGAAGAAACUACCGCUGAUUUGUACCUUACCGUAUUCCCCCGGAUAAAACACCCGCCGGAAUUAAUCACCCAUGGGUGGUUUGGGCGGACCUGGGUGCUUAAUUAAACUGGAUAUUCAUACCACCCUAGUUUUUGGCAUGAAACCUAUACACCACCCCCCUGGUUCAUUUUCAAUGGAGUUCUGUAGAUUUUGCCUCUUAUCAGAGUGUCUCUUAUCAGACUCGCGCGUCACUGAGCAGUGCAAGCUAGACGCGAAGUGGUUCAAUGCGAUGUAGAACUGUUACCAUGCCUAGAAUUCCUGAGUAUCAGGCAAAUGUUGCGAGCCUGAUACUGUACGAGACUCAUGGGAGGUUGCCACUUGCCACCACGAUACUGUACGAGCCUGAUUCCCGUCGA